UUGUGUUGCUAUGGUUUCACUCAAGAGAGUCCUUUUGAAGUCAAAUCAAUAACAAUGGUUUUAUUCCGUUAUUUAAUAUAUUUCAGUUUCUGCUUUUUUGUUGCAGGUUCAAGACAAAAUCAUGCAUUACAUCGAAUCAAGAAGGAUGAAAAGAAAAGUAGACAUCCGCGGGACUUGACUUCAGAACCUCAAGGUCAUCCUCCGACUGAUAUAAUUUCCGAUUUAGGUACAAUGAUCAAGAUUCUUACUGGGAAAGAUGACAUUGAAUUUAAUGUUUACGGUUUAUAUUGUGUAAGAGGAUAUGGUGGCUUUGGCAUUCCAGUUGAUUCUAUUGACAGAUGCUGUCAACAAUAUAAUUACUGCUAUGCAAAAGUUCGUAAGAACGAUUGCUUAUUAUCAAGAAUGGAGAGACUGAAAUAUGAUUGGCAUUAUGACGGAAAAGACAUAAUUUGUGUUAACACACAGAAAUGUCUGAAGUCUAGGUGUUCAUGUGACAAAUUAAAAGCUACAUGUCUUCGUAACCACAUGGAAGAAUAUAACCCGUCGUUCCUCGGAAGAUUCUUGGACCAAAUAAUUGGAUGAUAUAUAGUAAAAUCACACGUUUUGUAA